UGCAGCACUCCCACCCCGGCGACGGCGGCGGCGGCACGAUGCCCUUUGACUUCAGGAGGUUUGACAUCUACAGGAAGGUGCCCAAGGACCUUACGCAGCCAACCUACACCGGGGCCAUUAUCUCCAUCUGCUGCUGCCUCUUCAUCCUCUUCCUCUUCCUUUCAGAACUCACCGGAUUCAUCACAACAGAAGUUGUGAACGAGCUCUACGUUGAUGACCCAGAUAAAGACAGCGGGGGCAAAAUUGACGUCAGUCUGAACAUCAGUUUACCCAAUUUGCACUGUGAAUUGGUUGGGCUCGACAUCCAGGAUGAGAUGGGCAGGCACGAGGUGGGCCACAUCGACAACUCCAUGAAGAUCCCUCUGAACAACGGUGUGGGCUGCCGCUUCGAGGGCCAGUUCAGCAUCAAUAAGGUCCCUGGCAAUUUCCAUGUGUCCACACACAGCGCCACAGCCCAGCCACAGAACCCGGACAUGACACACGUCAUCCACAAGCUCUCCUUUGGGGACACACUACAGGUCCAGAAUGUCCACGGAGCUUUCAACGCUCUCGGGGGAGCAGACAGACUCACCUCCAACCCCCUCGCCUCCCACGACUACAUCCUGAAGAUCGUGCCCACGGUUUACGAGGACAAGAGUGGCAAGCAGCGGUAUUCCUACCAGUACACGGUGGCCAACAAGGAGUAUGUCGCCUACAGUCACACAGGCCGCAUCAUCCCUGCCAUUUGGUUCCGCUACGACCUCAGUCCCAUCACGGUGAAGUACACGGAGAGAAGGCAGCCGCUGUACAGGUUCAUCACCACAAUCUGUGCAAUCAUUGGUGGGACCUUCACCGUCGCUGGCAUCCUGGAUUCCUGCAUCUUCACAGCCUCCGAGGCCUGGAAAAAGAUCCAGUUGGGCAAGAUGCAUUAACGUCCCGCCUGGUCCGACGGCCAAGGACUGGGGAGACUGCCAACCCUGCCUCUAGCACCCUGUCUCUCUAGCCCAGGAUCUGGCUGCAUCCCAAAGUGUGUGGGGGAGGUGAGGGAAGGGAAAGUGGGUGGCUGAAGGUUCCUCGGCUACCUCUCUUCCCCACAUUACAUUUUAGAUAAAUAACACUGGCUGCAGUUGUGAUGUUCCUUUCCCCCAGGAGCUCCAAGAUGAGAGUCAGACAAGGGGUGUGCUCUAGGAACGUUGGGUACCAUUUCUGGAAGGGCAACAGUCCUUUCUUCUUAGGGAGCAGCCUAGAAUCCUUGUUGACCAGCUGUCAACCAGGCUGUGACAAUCUUGCUGUGUUUCCCUUACCCAGUUUGACACACUAAUCACGUGGUUUCUCCCCUGGACCGUCAAUCUGGGCUCUCUGCUUGGACCAGACUGCCCAAAGGUACUCCUGCUUAGAGCCUUCGAUGCAGGAUGGCUCUUCCCGGACAAGCUCCUGAGGUUUGACAUUGUAGCUGGGACUCUCACUUCCUCCCCAUCCGUCCCUGGCCAGGCCUCAUAUCCCUUAUUCCUAUCCCUGUCUGGUUCUUCCAAGAAGCAUGUGCCCAUUGCUCGAGUGAUCUGCCUACUGGUCACAAGGUGGGUCACAGACUCCUCUCCUCUCCUGUCUUUGUUCCCCUGAACCCCCACCAAUGUGCCUCUGCCGCUGUGCUGUGUGGUACUGGCAUUGCUUGGUGGAAAGGCUGAUUCCCACUGCCAGGUCCCUCCAUGGCUCUGUUGGGACCUGCAGUGGCAGGAAGUGAUAGAAGUCACCCUGGGAGAACCAGAUAGAUGUCGUUUAUGCACUUAGUCCACAAGGGAAGUAUCCUUCCCUGUAAGCCUCCAACAACCAUGUCUCAGCCUCUUCUGGGCAGCCAGAAUUGGUUCUAAAGUCUUAGCUGAGGGAACAAAGUGGACCAGCCCUUCUUCUCCCUUUGGAGCUCCCCAUCCCAGGCUCCCCUUCCAGGGAUGCCCCGCACUUGGACCUCUGCAGCCCAGGAUGGUCCAGGUGCCAUUGAAUUCCCUUGCUAGCUGACCACACACCACAUUCCCCCUGGGGCGGUGGACUCCAGUGUUUCCCAUGUGCUGCUGAGGUGGGUUCCUCCACUGCUGCUCCCCCUCACUUGUCCCUUUGUGUCCCGAAAGGGAGGGGCAGUGGUCCAGGCAUGAAUUCCACCCAGGGAAUUUUAGCUAUGCCCUCAUGUUCCAGGGAAAGUGCCCUGCCGCCUGUUUUUCAUUUAUAUCGAGAUUGUUUGCAUACUUUUAUAAUGAGGGGGAGUUUCCAGUAGAAGGACUUUUUAAAAUUAUCUAUAAGGGAUAGCUCAAGUCUCUGCCAUUUGUAAAUCUUGGCUCUGAUUCCAAUUAGCAAAGCUGUCCCUUUUGCAUAUGAGUUAACUAAUGUGUGUAUAGAAUGCUGUUGGCUAUUUCUGGUAUCUCUGGCCACUUGGGUUUUUUGGUUUUUUCAUUCUGUUCCCUGGUUAUAGAAAGGAGCCCGUCUGGUGUGUGAAUAUGUGCACCUGUAGAGGGUGACAGGGUGGGGUGGGGGUGGAAAGUGUGUGGCACACACGUGAGUUGAAAUCCAACUUUUAUGUAUUAAAAAAACAAAACUCUGAAGAUAUGGGGGAUGUCAGUUUCCUAUGGAAGAGACACCUCUGACCUGUUACCCUUACAAACAAAAAUCUCAAGGGAAAAAAAAAUGUUUUAGUCCUUUCUCCCCUCCUUGGGUUCAAAUAGAUUAUUAAAAUGCUGAUUUUCGGAA